AUGUCUUCCCCAGACCGCUCCACCGAGCAACCGCAAGACCAAGACCCGCCCGCGAUCCCGUUCAUCCUCCUCGAGGAAGCUGAUGCAGCGGCGGGAGCUGCCUUAGAAGAGGAGGAGCGUUCAAGAGAGAUCAAUGUCUCGAAAUCAUCUCUCGAAGAGCAUGUACGCCAUCACCAUCAUGGCGCUGCUUCUUCCCCACUGGAGGAGGUGCCUCCCCCUGCAUACAAUGGCGCGGAUUAUGGUCAAUUAGAUAUCAGCCAAAAUGGGCUGGAUACAGGCGCCCAAGUCGGCAGCGAUGGCAGAGUCAACAUCAAGAUCAACCAGCGCAACCGAAAACUCACGAAUCUCCUCAUUCCUGCCCUCCGCCGACAACUCGAACUACAAAAACAAAAGGCUGCCGCGGAGCCCCCUAUUCCAGACGGCUUGGGUGAGACAGAGGGGCUUCCGCCUCCUCCCAUGAACAUUGUUAUUCAGAUUGUGGGGAGUAGGGGCGAUGUGCAGCCAUUUAUAGCACUGGGUCAAGUCCUGAAGAAAAAAUACAACCAUCGAGUGCGGAUAGCCACCCAUCCGACGUUCAAAGAGUUUGUCGUUGAAAAUGGCCUGGAGUUCUUCAGCAUUGGCGGAGACCCUACUGAGCUCAUGGCUUUCAUGGUCAAGAAUCCUGGUCUCAUGCCUGGGUGGGACUCAUUGAAGAGUGGCGAUGUGGGGAAACGAAGGAGAGGCAUCUACGAAAUCAUCACAGGCUGCUGGAGGUCGUGUAUCGAAGCCGGCGAUGGCACGGGUGCCCAAAUAACCGACGACAACAUGGACGCUUGCAGCUUUGACAGCGGUGUUUCAUUGGGUCUUGACCCCUCGCAGAAGCCGUUUGUGGCAGAUGCUAUCAUUGCAAAUCCACCAAGUUUUGCGCAUAUUCACAUCGCGGAGAAAUUGGGCAUACCGCUGCAUCUAAUGUUCACGAUGCCUUGGUCGCCAACCCAGUCUUUUCCUCACCCGCUUGCUAAUAUCAUCUCCUCUAAUGCCGACCCUAAUAUGGCCAAUUUUAUCACUUACGCCUUGGUUGAUAUGCUGACCUGGCAAGGCCUGGGCGAUGUUAUAAACCGAUUCCGGGAAAGAAGUCUUGGUCUGGAGCCUGUCAGUAUCAUGUGGGCUCCAGGCAUGACAAGUCGUCUCAGGAUCCCUUGGACUUACUGCUGGUCGCCCGCUUUGAUCCCGAAGCCGGCCGACUGGGGGAGCCAUAUCGAUAUCUCGGGCUUCUUUUUCCUAAACCUAUCCUCGAACUACACUCCUCCACAGGAACUGGCGGAGUUUUUGGCUGCUGGUCCUCCUCCGAUCUACAUAGGCUUUGGCUCGAUCGUGGUUGACGAUCCCAACGCCAUGACCAAGCUGAUAUUCGACGCUGUCAACAAGACCGGACAGCGGGCGAUCAUCAGCCAAGGCUGGGGUGGCUUGGGAGCCUCUGAACUGAGUAUCCCCGAGGGUGUUUUGAUGUUGGGUAACUGUCCUCACGACUGGCUUUUCAAGCAUGUCUCCUGUGUGGUCCACCACGGUGGCGCCGGUACCACUUCCGCCGGCAUCUUGGCUGGUAAACCCACGGUCGUCGUUCCAUUCUUCGGCGACCAGCCAUUCUGGGGCUCCAUGGUAGCCAGGGCUGGAGCCGGUCCUGCGCCAAUUCCGUACAAAAACCUGACGGCAGAUAAGCUUGCAGAGUCGAUCAAGGAAGCAUUGAAGCCGGAGUCGCUUGAACGUGCAAAAGAUUUGAGCAUGAAGAUCAAGGCAGAAGAUGGCACGGGGGCGGGAGCCGAGUCUUUCCACAAGCACCUCCAUUUCUCCGAUCUCAGAUGUUCCUUAGCUCCUACACGCACUGCUGCUUGGCUUGUGAAGGGAACCGAUAUCCGUUUAUCGCCUCUUGCAGCCACGGUCCUGGGAACAGAGGGUCUACUAAAUUUCUCCGACUUGAAGCUCUAUCGUCCUCGGGAAUAUGAGACUGAAGACGGCCCAUGGGAUCCAAUUUCCGGCGGUGCAGCAGCACUAAUCGGCACCAUCGGCAAUCUCUCCAUGGGUGUCGCGGAUUUCCCUGUGGAACUCCUCAAAGCUCUCAAGGGCGCUUCCAGCGAUAUCAAGGACAUCCAUGAGAGGAGAAAGACACAGACUGGAACUUCUACCCCUGUACCGACUUCCGAUACUGAUUCUGUGCAGGGCACUAACUCGCUUGCAGAGGGGUCAUCACCCGCGCAACUCUCUGCCACAUCCAACCCGGCGCCUGCAAUGGGAGGCCAUCAGGCAGGGUCACCCGCUUCGAAACCGUCCGCCAUGUCAACAGUCAUGUCAUCAGCUGGAUCUGUACGUGCCCACGGAUACCAGCGUCGCUCCCGUUCUGGAUCGCCUGUGCCCCGUACCAAAGGUGAUCACACUCCCGGCGCAGGCGAAGAGAUUGGUCAAGUGUCUCUGGAGACAGCUAUGCAAGGAGCCAAAGCCGUCGGGAGCAUUGUUUCGGCUGGCAUGAAAUCACCUCUAGACUUCACGCUGUCCCUGGCAAAAGGCUUUCACAACGCACCAAAGUUAUACGGCGACGAGACCGUGCGCCAAAAUGAGAAGAUCGUGGAUCUCCACUCAGGCUUAAAGGCCGCAGGCAGGGAAUUUGGUUAUGGGUUCUAUGAUGGCAUUACUGGACUGGUAACUCAGCCCUUAGCCGGCGCCAGGAAGGAGGGUCCAGUAGGUUUUCUCAAAGGAGCCGCGAAAGGCUUCGGUGGUUUGAUCCUCAAGCCUGGUGCUGGAAUCUGGGGACUCCCAGGAUACACAGCGAAGGGUAUCUAUGCCGAGGUCGCGAAGCACUUUGGCCGCUCAGUGCAGAACUACAUCAUUGCUGCUCGAGUGGCGCAAGGCUACGAGGAAUGGACGAACACUACCCCAGAAGAGCGGGCACAAAUUGUGUCUGCCUGGCAUGACAGCAACCUUGAAACACGGAAACGUGGGAGACUCUACGGGACCGAGCGCAAGGAAGCCAUCCAAAGUAAUGCCGCGGCGCUAUCUGAGAUUGAGUCUCCACAACUGCCUCAAGGCUUCAAGAAUACGUGGCAUAUGAGCUGGGACGAACGAAAAGCUCUUUCUGAGCAAAGGGAUCGUCUCAAAAAGGAGCAGAAAGAGUUGCAGCAGCGCGAAAAGGAGCUCAAGAGAGCGGAAGGGAAGCAACCCAACAAAUUCAAGAGCCGUUGUAAAUUUUGCCCUCUUGACCACGACAGUAGUGACCACGUGAAGCACAGCAGCUCAGUUUCAAAUAUGAGCUCUACUCUGGGUUCCAACAGGGUUCCGUCACGAGAGAAUAUUGGGGUUGAUGACUACGAGCACGCAAUCCAGACUUCAAUCGGUGCGACAAGCAGGGGCAAUGCGGAAGAGGACGUGGUGAUUGAAAGAGCAUUACGUGCAAGCCUGCAAGAGUUACAUGCCACGGGUGAAACUGCGGAGACACACGAAGACGAAGCAUAUACUUCAGCGGUCGAGGCAAGCAUGCAGGAAUUCAAAAGGGCCCGGUCUGAACAAGCUCAACAAGCUCAGCAGACCGGCGAAACAUCUGUAUCCCCUUCGCAACAACCGCCUGAGGAUGAUCCUGAGCUCGAAAGAAUCCUGACUCAGAGCCUGGAAGAAUUCAAAGCUGCUCAGUCAGCGUCUCGCAACGCGAGGGGCCGAGGUGGCGGCGAUUGGGGUGGCGUAAGCGAUUCAGGCAUCGACACGGACGAUGAUGAGAAUUUCAAAAGGGUGAUCGAGGAGAGUAGGAUACUCCAUGCCGAGAACGAACAGAAGAAGAGAGAGCUUGCCGAACGAGAAGCCUCGAUGACGAUGCCGACAGGCCAUGGAGUCCACCCCAACGAGAAAGCUGGUCUGCAGGAUAAUGACAGUGAUGACGAGUUGAAACGUGCCAAAACUGCAUCUGAACAGGAUGAGCGACUGCGCCAGGAAACCCUGAACAAGCAGAGGACGGAGGAGGAGAUUAUCUUGGAAUACAUCAAAAAGCAGAGCUUGCUGGAGGAGGAGUUGAAGGCGAAAAUGGCGGCUCCCACUACAACCGUAGCAACACCCGGUUCUCCUACGACAUAA